CACCGAAGCUGUAUACCAGCUUCGGUGUGCAGGGGCACCAACGACGCUUAGUUGUCCUUUACCAUCUCAACACGGACUACACGAAAGUAAAAGAUGUCGGAAACUAGAUUGUUUAUAGGGCGUAUUCCCCCUCAAGCUGUUCGUGAGGAUGUGGAGGACUUCUUUAAAGGCUAUGGCCAAAUCCUUGACUGCAAAGUUAUGAACGGUUUUGGAUUCAUUGAGCUUGAAGACGCUCGUGAUGCUCGGGAUAUAGUGAAUGAUUUUCAAGGAAAAGAGUUUAUGGGCAGUCAAAUUGUUGUAGAACCUGCUCGUGGUGAAAGAAAAAGGAGAGAAAAUUUCCGUGAACCUGCUGCUGCUAAAUACCCCCGUCCACGUCGUACUGGUUAUCGUCUAAUUGUUGAAAACUUAUCUGAAGAAGUUAGCUGGCAGGACUUAAAGGAUGUAAUGAGACAAGCUGGUGAACCAACAUUUACUGAUGCUCACCGUCAAAAUCCUGGUUCUGGUGUCGUUGAAUUCUCAACUGAAGAUGACAUGAGAAAUGCUCUUACAAAUCUAAAUGGAGAAGAAAUCAAGGGUACCGCAAUUGCUUUGCGUGAAGAUCCUAAUGCUCCCAAUGAGCCUCUCCCCGAAGGCCCAGGUUUCCGCUCUAGGUCCCCUCCUCCUCGUCGUCGUUUCCCUAUGGACAACCGCAGAGGAGGAUUUGCUCGUCGCGAUACCUAUCGCCCUGCCAGAGAUGACGAUCGUCGUUAUAUUCCCAGAGGUGGCGGUCGUGAUUUCCGUCGUGGAGGCCGCGAAGAUUAUAGAGGACGCGACGAUUUCAGACGUGGCCCCCGACGUGACGACUACCGCAGACCAAGAGCGGACGAGUACCGCCCUCGUCGUGAUGAUUCUUCUUACCGCCCUCGCCGUGAUGAUUAUCCUGCCCGUGAUGAAGAAUAUGGCCGUGAUGCUUAUGAACGUAGUCCUUCUCCCCGUCGUGAACGCAGCCGUUCACCCAGAUAUGCGGACGAUUAUAAUUCAUACCCACCUGCACCCACUUCUGAAAUGCAGCAAUCUAAUGACGCUCCAAGCUAUCCUGGAGAGUCUGCUAACUCUGUCCCUGCUGAAGCUGGUGAAGGUCAAGUUGCUGCUGAGUGGUGAAGUUAGAGAAUUGGUUUCAUUUCAAAAUCAUUUGUGAUACACUAUAGUAUUCCUACUUGUUGUUCUGAUAUCCUUAUAUUGAGCAUGAAUUUAUCUUCUCUUGUGGUUAGAACAUCGGAUGUUUCACUGGAAGUGAUCGUGGAUUAUGUCGUAAUAUUUUAUUCGUAUAGUAUUUUUAUACCAUAUCUUAUCUUUUGUAUUGGAAUAUUCAAGUCUGGUCACUCAUUUUGCUGAACGUUCUUUCUACUUCUCUACUUUACACAUUUGUUACGAUAUUAUAAGUUUUUAUUAUCUAGUGUAUGUUGCAUGCUGCGUCUCGUUUUCGUUCUUUCUAUUGAAUCGAUAAUAAAUUUUGGAAUAUAAUUAUACAUCGGGCGAGUGAAUUCUUCAUGGAGAUUAUUUAAAUUGCAAUGGGUAUUAAGAAUUUACGAUUCUAGAAUCUGUUACCAUUUGUACAUAUCACCAACUUCAUUGACUACUGCUAUUGACAUUGUUUAUAAUCUUUUUGUAACGUAGAAUAUAUUAUAUAUAUGACCGAAAGACGCACAUCUAAGACAAGAUUUAGAAUUCGUGCAGAACUUUUUUAGUGAUUUGAAUCUUAGAAUACAUCCCUUUCGGCAUCCAAUAAAGACUCACAACCAUUUUUCGAACAGCACAUACUAUAAGAUAGAUUCGAAAGCAGACUUAAUUAAUCAUCGUUUGCAAAUUAGAGCUAAUCAAUUUUUCCGAAUUAAUGAUAGCGUAUGACUCACAUCUUAAUGAAAUCGCUGCCAAAUGCAAAAAGAAAGUACGUGUGUAUACUAAUGACCAAAUAUUUGUUGGUUACAUACAUAAAAUUGAAAUGCUCGAAAAAAAAAAAAAAAAGAAGAAAGAACGAAAUAGUUGGUUAAAGACGAGGUUUUUAACGAAGCAUAUAAUAAGAAUUCGACAACACGAAAGGGAAAAUGCAAAAGAUAAAAGGAAAACAAACGAAAACAGGAGGGAGAAGAAAAAGAGUAACCACAAUGUAAAAAGAACUAAAAAUAAAUAGGCUCGAUGAUGCGAAGUGUGAGAAAUAAGGAGACGGGAAGUGAAGCAAAGGUCAAGGGAGAAGGAAAAACGUGACAAAGCUUCAAAGAUUCAACGACUGUGAACAUACUGCAGAGCCAUUAUUAUUGUAAUAAAAAUAGGAUUAAGAUAAAAGGAACAUCA